GGUUACUGGUUGAAGGUUGAAUACAAUCGCUUUGUUGAUUUUGUUGGUGGUUCUCCGGUAAUUGUGGCGAACUUGUGACGAAGUCUACGCACAAUAAGGCUUCUGUUUGCUGCCGCGAGGGAUCUCUCGGGCUCAGAUAGGUACCCUAGAGCAAUCACGAAGCACUCAUUCGGGGAUCAAAAGGUUCGUUCGGUACUUGUGGAAUGUAUUGUUUGUUUUGAUGAAAUUACAAACAACAAUUGAGUCGAAAUCAGUGUGGGGAACGCUGUGGACAUUUUUAGCUUAAAAAAACCUAAAGUUCUUGAAAUACACUCAAUUGUAGAUCGUUUGUUCUGUGGAUUCUUUAAAAGCCUAUCUCGCAGAAGUGAUUGUAAGAAAUUUUUCGAAAACCGGAAACAAGACCUCAAUAAAGGAGGAUUAUCUCGAUCAGAUAUCUGCGACUCACUGCUACCAGUACUCAAUUGUGGUGAACGCGCGCUGCUGUAUGGUCCCAAGUCGCAUGAAACGGCCAUAGAGGUUCCGCUUCAGUGAGUCCGAGUAAAGAAAAAAAAGUGCUUCGAUUAAUUUUGGUUUCGAGAAUUGUGCCAAUCAGUGAACCGCGAGCGUACCGCGAAGAACCUGCCCACAUCAAAGUAGGCUUCGAGAGCCACCACGUUUUUUUCUGUGUGCGUGUUUGUUGUUAUUGUUCUGUUUUUAACUCCAAGAUUGGCCGGUGCUCCAUGGCGACCUCGAAAAAUUUCUGCCAAACUUGUUGAAGAUCACCACUACGCGAUGAUCGGUUUCAUUAUCACCGACAGAGUGGCCUCAGCGGAGUCCAAAGUGUUUUCGGUGCCGGAUGGAAAGUGACCGUGAUCAUAAAGAUUCUGCUGCCAGAGGUCUGAUCUGAAGAGUCAACAAAAAAAAAAAAAAAAAAAGAAAACCGAAAGAUAACACAAGAAACACAGUUGAAAGUUUGCGGUAUUUGUGAACCCCUUGGCCUGAAGGUCAAACGAAAGAUUGCCCAAACUCGGAUGGGUCUUGUCCUCGUGUGGGUUGUGUCAAGUUUAGCCGGAGAAAUUUAAUUCCAAGACAACAGCUACCAGGCAGCUACUGCGUUUGUGAAUCCGGCGUUGAUCAUGUUUGUUCAGCUGUGUUAGUGUUUUGUGUAAGGAAAAAUUAAAAUAAAAUGACAAUAAAAUUUGCAAACUAACGUCAACACUCUACGGAAAACGAACCAGGCUAAAACCUCAAAAGUGACCUAACGCAAGCAUCACGCCAUGUCCAAAACGAUUGAAACCCGGCUGCAGAGCAACGAGGUCCGGAUUCCGAAGAAAACGGAAUACGACGGAUCCUCGGCUCCCGCAGCCAGACCGGCAGCGCCCCCUUCUCACUACUUCAAAAGUUCCUUCGCUCGAUCGCUUUCGUUCAGCCAAUCAGGCGGCGGAAGUCAACAUCAUAACAAUCACCACAACCACCACCAUCUCGGCUAUAUGGUUGGUCAGGAUCAUCACUUUACCCGAUCGUUGGAUUUUGAGGUGAACUAUGGCCUCUCAACCAUCCCGGAUCAUCGGGAACCGUCCGGGUCCGGUUCUUCGCAAACAACGCCCACUUCCGGUUCACCGGUGUACGAUCCGGAGGGCGAAGACACGGAAAAGAUGAAAUUGGUUAACGGGAUUACCGACAGCAAUGGAGGGGUCGUCAAGACGCUGUGGAACUACGGCAAGGGAUCGGACUCCAAAACAGCGUCACCCAGAGCAACACCAACCAAGGGUACCACAUCCGGUGGUAUCAACUCGGGACAUUCGAUGGCAACAUCGGCCAACGGAACCGGCUCCGGUUCAUCUCCGCGCAAGAGCAUCGAAGCCAACGAAAUAGAAGUUCUACGAUUACGAAAGCUAUUUCAGCCGGGGGCGACCUCGGUCACUUUUAUUGCCGAUCCCCAUCUUUUGUUCGACCGGGUUCAAAACGCGACACGGCGACAACUAAUCGUUCCUCACGUGCUCGGUUCGCUACCGCCAAGUCCCGCCGACAGUGGAGUAUCCGAUGUGGACAGCUCCAGUAGUGGAGGUCAGCCGGCCUGCAGCGAUGAACUCAAAGCCCGCCUCGGAAUCCCGCUCAGCAGCAAUAAUGGAGUAACCACCGCCAACAGCAGUAGCAGUAGUAAUCCCGCCAACAAUGGCCAGCUCGGCAACCCGCUGGUCAACGGAUCCAACGGAUUACCGCCGCUCAAUGUUCCCACCUCACCUUCGUCCGGCUCAUCGCUGCCUCCGGCGGUGACACUUUCGGCAGCCGUAGCCGCCACCCAGCAACAUCUCCAGCAGCAAGCACAAGCCCACUUACCACCGGGAACAUUCCUGCGACCGAACUUCUACCAUCACAACUCGCCCCCUCUCAGGAACAUCUGGAACCAGCGGAAUGUACCCCGUAAGUAG